UUCCCUCUCUUGCACAGUAGCUGUGCAUGUAGAAUUCAUUUCCAAUCUCCCUUUGGCACUGUUCUAUUUUGUUGCAAUUUGAUAGGCUUUCAUUCUCCUCUAGAUAGCUUACCAUCAAAACAGAAAUUGUUGUUUUCCUUGAAAAAUCUUGCUGUGCUAGCUUUCUUGAAGAAUUUCAAGUAAUGGCUAAUGAAUUAUGCUUGGAUGAUUCUUGUGCGGGUCCCAGAAUCUCCUUUUCUCGUGAUUUUUCCGAGAGAGACAUUGUGCCGAUAGAACAGCGCCCUCCCCAAUCAAGUUCAUUGAAUUCAGAUUUUUGCUUUCACAACGACACCAUCAAUCUAGAAUCUCCACUGGCAGACGAACUAUUCCUGAAUGGGAAGAUCGUCCCUGUUGAAAUCAAGAAAAUUAUUCCUCCCUUGACACAUGCACAAGAACAACCUGUAUGUCCAACUCCACAACCACAGGUAUGUCUUGAUGCUACCUUAACUGGAAAGGAUUCAAGUCAUGAGAGCUUGAAUGUAAUCAAGAUCAACACAAGCAAAGGAAACAGCAUUGAUCAAGAAUUUUCAUCCUUGAGGGAACCUUUCCUUAAUCGGGAAAUCAUUAUUCCUCUCAAAUUCAAGAAAAAGAAAAACAUUUCACCACCAUUUUCACUACUAGGUGCAUUUCUUGAUGCUGCUGAUGAAAACGAUGAAGAUACUAACAAAGGUUCAAAUCGUUGGAUGAUCAAGAAUGCAAGAAACAAACCGGACGGCCACGAGAAACAAAACUCGAAACAAUCUUCACGUUUCAAGAGGCGCAGUAGCUCGAGUCUCACAAUCGUAACAUGAAUUCACAGAACUGGAACAAGUUGCGGCGUCUUUCUCCUCCAUACAGCUGGUAGAUCAUUUAAUGUGAUGAAUCAUUGAAGAAGAAACGAAUUCUCAUUUCCACCUUCUUCUCUUACUUUAUAUUUCAUUUCAUUACAAUUUACUAGGCAUGUAACAAUCAAUAUUCAUCUUAUGGGACUGUUAUUCCGUUUUAUUAUCAUGUUA